AAUUCGUAAUAUGAGACAAGGACAAGUAAAGAUCAAGCUUGACCUAAAAAAGCCUUCCCCAUCUUCCCCACCUUUACCUCUUCCUUUCCCCCCUACUCAAAGGGUUGAACAAAUUGUCGCAAAACUUGUCGCAAAACCAAGAUUGGCCAGAUUUCCAAACGCUUUUAUUAUGUAUCGUAAUGAAUAUGUUCAAUAUUUGAAAUCACAAGGUUAUCAUAUUUCUAUGACCGAAUUAAGUCCAAUGAUUUCAACAUCUUGGAAAAAAGAGAGUGAAUUUGUUAAAGAAGCUUACACUAAACUUUCAAGCGAAGCAGAGAAAAUGUAUGUUCGUGAUACUGGAAGUACGCAACAACAAAUCAAUUAUAAAUAUUUACCAACUCGACCUACUUUAUCAUCAAAAAGUGAAUCCAAUGGAAAUGGUCCUAAAUUAGACGAUCUUUCUGGUCAAUCUAACCAAUCUAACCAAUCUCAUCAAUUCCAGAAUCCUGAUGAUUUUUAUAAUAUUAAUAAUAUAUAUGACCGAUUAUUUCAAUAUUCAAUCCCAUCAAAUGGAUUUCAAAGAAAUUAUUCUAAUAAAGAACCUGAACAAAUUCCUUCUUUCUCUAUUGGUACCUCAGGUUUAGAAAAAUAUUCUCUUGAUAAUGUAACUCUUCCUCAACAUGGUUCAAUUCAUUCAAUUCCGCAGCAAGAUUGUUUCCCGGAUAACAUUUUUCAAUGUCAAUGGUCUCCUAAUAUUUCCUCAUCUAUUCAACAUAAUAAUCCUUCAGUAUCUUUUGGUCCUUCAUACUCUCCUACUAGUCCUACUUUUGAUGAUUUGAUUAAUUCACCAAUUAUGGGAUUUUCUUCAUUAGAAGCUCAAAUGUUAGAAUCCAUGUCCCCUUCUUCAAAUUCUUCAAUUGAUGAUAUUUCUUCUUCAAUUGAUGAUAUUUCUUUAUUAUUCUCACCAGAAAUUGAUGAUGGUGGAUUUUAUGAAAAAUCCGAUUUUUCAACCCCUAAUUUUACAGAUUCUAUAACCUGUCAAUCCCCACUAUCAUCACCUUCUGGAUUAUAUUUAUAUUCUGGACAAUCAUAUCCUUCUUUCCAAAGUUAAAUUUUUUUAAGUUUUUUCGCAAUUUUGAAUUUUCGAAUUUUCGUAGUAGUAGACUUUUU